AUGUUCAGCCCGCACUUCCUUGUCGUCAGCUUGGGCAACCCAGCGCCUUACCUCGACACCCUCCACUCGGCCGGCCACAUCGUCCUAGACGCUCUCCAGCAGCAAUUACGCGACGCGCAGCCGCCCUUUGCCUCCGAGCGGCGCGGGAAGAAGUCCUGCCAGACCUCCAACGGACCGAAAUACACUCUCGUAAAGAGCCCGACUUUGAUGAACGUCUGCGGGCCCUGGCUGGCCAAGACUUGGAAAGAGACGCUCGCCGACCAGAACCUGACGCCCGAAGAGCUCGGCUUGGUCCUCGUGCACGACGACCUAGAAGAAGACCUAGGCGUGGUCAAGAUCAGGAAGUGGGACCGCAGCCACAGGGGCCACAACGGGGUCAAGAGCGUCAACGCCAGCCUGCGGGGUGCAGACUACAAGGGCGCGAGGUGGGCGAGGAUAUCUGUCGGCAUCGGCAGGCCUGGCGAGCGAGAUCGCUCGACUGUGUCGGACUACGUGUUGCGAAGGACUACCCAGCGUGAGAGGUCGGUCCUGGCGGAGCAGGGGUGCACAGGGGUGCUGGAACGGCUGCUCGAGCUGGAAGCGCAGUGGGAACAAGACGUGAAGCAGAAGCAGAGGCUUGAGGAAGGCCAACCUCGCCUGUAG